UCCGGGGGCGGGCAGAUGCCUGUGCUUCGCCUUAUAAAGGCAGACCGGCGGCUCCCAGCCGCUCUCUUGAGUCGCCCCCGUGCAGCGUUUCGCCGUGCGUGAGCCAGGCUCGGCCUUUACCCGCCCAGCUUUCUAAUUUGCAGCUCUCCUCUUUCAAGAUGCCUGAGGAAGUGCACCAUGGAGAGGAGGAGGUGGAGACCUUCGCCUUCCAGGCAGAGAUUGCCCAGCUUAUGUCUCUCAUCAUCAACACCUUCUAUUCCAACAAGGAGAUUUUCCUUCGGGAGUUGAUCAGUAACGCUUCUGACGCCUUGGACAAGAUCCGCUAUGAGAGCCUCACAGACCCAUCCAAGUUGGACAGUGGCAAAGAGCUGAAGAUAGACAUCAUCCCCAACCCCCAGGAACGCACCCUGACCCUGGUGGAUACAGGCAUUGGCAUGACAAAAGCUGACCUUAUAAAUAAUUUGGGAACCAUUGCCAAAUCUGGAACGAAGGCAUUUAUGGAGGCUCUUCAGGCUGGUGCAGACAUUUCCAUGAUUGGGCAGUUCGGUGUUGGCUUCUAUUCUGCUUAUCUGGUAGCAGAGAAAGUGGUUGUGAUCACAAAACACAAUGAUGAUGAGCAGUAUGCCUGGGAGUCCUCUGCUGGAGGUUCCUUCACUGUUCGUGCCGACCAUGGUGAGCCCAUUGGCCGUGGUACCAAAGUGAUCCUUCACCUUAAAGAAGACCAGACAGAGUACUUGGAGGAAAGGAGAGUCAAGGAAGUAGUGAAGAAGCACUCGCAGUUCAUAGGCUAUCCUAUCACUCUUUAUCUGGAGAAGGAACGAGAGAAGGAAAUUAGUGAUGAUGAGGCAGAGGAAGAGAAAGGCGAAAAAGAGGAGGAAGAUAAGGAUGAUGAGGAAAAGCCCAAAAUUGAAGAUGUGGGUUCAGAUGAGGAAGAUGAUAGUGGUAAGGACAAGAAAAAGAAAACCAAGAAGAUUAAGGAGAAAUACAUCGAUCAAGAAGAACUGAACAAGACCAAGCCCAUUUGGACCAGAAACCCUGAUGACAUCACCCAGGAAGAAUAUGGAGAGUUCUAUAAGAGCUUAACUAAUGACUGGGAAGACCACUUGGCUGUCAAGCAUUUCUCUGUGGAGGGUCAGUUGGAAUUUAGAGCAUUGCUGUUCAUUCCUCGUCGGGCUCCCUUUGACCUAUUUGAGAAUAAGAAGAAAAAGAACAACAUCAAACUCUAUGUACGACGUGUAUUCAUCAUGGAUAGCUGUGAUGAAUUGAUACCAGAGUAUCUGAACUUCAUCCGUGGUGUGGUAGACUCCGAGGAUCUGCCUCUGAACAUUUCUCGAGAAAUGCUCCAGCAGAGCAAGAUCUUGAAGGUCAUUCGCAAAAAUAUUGUUAAGAAGUGCCUUGAGCUCUUCUCUGAGCUGGCAGAGGACAAGGAAAACUACAAGAAAUUUUAUGAGGCAUUCUCUAAAAAUCUCAAGCUUGGAAUCCAUGAGGACUCCACUAAUCGGCGACGACUUUCUGAGCUGCUACGCUACCACACCUCCCAAUCUGGAGAUGAGAUGACUUCACUUUCAGAAUAUGUUUCCCGCAUGAAGGAGACUCAGAAAUCCAUCUACUACAUUACUGGUGAGAGCAAGGAGCAGGUUGCCAACUCUGCAUUCGUAGAGCGAGUCCGCAAGCGGGGCUUCGAGGUGGUAUACAUGACAGAACCAAUUGAUGAGUACUGCGUGCAGCAGCUGAAGGAGUUUGAUGGGAAGAGCCUGGUCUCAGUGACUAAGGAGGGCCUGGAGCUGCCUGAGGAUGAGGAGGAGAAGAAGAAAAUGGAGGAGAGCAAGGCCAAGUUUGAGAACCUGUGCAAGCUUAUGAAAGAAAUUCUGGAUAAGAAAGUUGAGAAGGUGACAAUCUCCAAUAGGCUUGUAUCUUCACCCUGCUGCAUUGUAACUAGCACCUAUGGGUGGACAGCCAACAUGGAACGCAUCAUGAAAGCCCAGGCCCUUCGGGACAACUCUACAAUGGGCUACAUGAUGGCUAAAAAGCACCUGGAAAUCAAUCCUGACCACCCCAUUGUGGAGACACUGCGGCAGAAGGCAGAGGCAGACAAGAAUGACAAGGCUGUCAAAGACCUGGUGGUGCUGCUGUUUGAAACUGCACUGCUGUCUUCAGGCUUCUCCCUGGAGGAUCCCCAGACUCAUUCUAACCGCAUCUACCGCAUGAUCAAACUAGGCUUAGGCAUUGAUGAAGAUGAGGUAACCACAGAAGAGCCCAGCACCGCCGUCCCUGACGAGAUCCCCCCCCUUGAGGGUGAUGAAGAUGCCUCUCGCAUGGAAGAAGUAGACUAGAAGUUUCUACCUGCAAACCUUGUGUCCUCUGUAUAGUAGCCCCAUAUUGCCCCGGCAACCUUGAGUGGCCCUGCCCACCUGGUUACUUCUGCUGAUGUCUAGUGGUUUUUCUUUUUCUCUUGUCUUUUGUAAGACAGGACUGGGGAAAAGUAUCAAACCCUACCCCCUUCCACAUUUGACAAUGGGUUUGGAUGUUGUGUAUUAUUUUGUUCUGAAAUUAAAGUAUGCAAAAUAAAGAUGGCAGUUUUACAGUU